GCUCACUUUUUGCUGUUGAUUCCUCAGUCCACCAACUCCUAAGACAACUUUCACCCGAUUUUUUUCUUCCUUCCUUCUUUCCUCCCUUCUUUCCUCCCUUCUUCUCUUCCUCCUUCUGCAUCUAUCUUGCUAUAAAAUGGUUAAGAUCUUCUCUUUGCUCUCUAUUGCCACAGCCGUCUCGGCUGUCGCUGCUGCUGGCCUUGAUCCUGCUGGUCAAUUCAAGCGUCUUGGUGCUUGCCCUACCCUUGGAUGUGUUUUCCCUCCAGACAGGAGUGAAUUUCUCGCCGGUGCCCACUUCGAUGUUCGUGUUGAGGUUCAUGCUGAAAAUGAUGCCAAGCCCAACACCGAGUACUCUUUGACUAUUGAAAAGAUUGGCAACUCCAAGGAUAACAAGCACGGCAACAACGGUAGGGCUGUUGACUUCUCCAAGUGGUCCAGAAUCAAACCCGACUCUCCCGAAGCCUGGGACUUCAUUUACAACAAAGAUGCUAGUGCUUAUUGGAAGACUCAAGACGGUGAUAAGAACGCCGCUACCCAGGUUCAUGUCGCCUCCACUGCCUGGCGCCGUGUUCAGAUCAGGGAGCCUGGUACCUAUAAGGUUGUUCUCAAGUACAACAAUGGCAAGACCACUGAGGCUGUCUGGACCGUCAACCCUGUCCAGAAGCGCAAGGCCAAGAACGUCAUUCUGUUCAUUGGUGAUGGUAUGUCUACUGCAAUGCUUACUGCUGCCCGCUUAAUCUCGAAGCCUCAUAUCAGUGGCAAGUACCAGAACCGCCUCCAUGUGGACAAGUUCCCUUUCCUUGGUCACGUCAUGACCCACUCUUUGGACUCUUUAAUCACUGACUCCGCCAAUUCCGCCUCCGCCUAUAAUACCGGUCACAAAUCCUCUGCUGGGGCCUUGGGUGUUUACCCCGAUUCUUCCCCCUCCCCCUUUGAUGACCCCAAGCAGGAACUCCUUGCUGAACUUAUGCGCCGCCGCUCCAAGAAGAACGGUGGCCCCGGAGGUGUCGGUAUCGUUACCACUGCCGAGGUUCAGGAUGCUACCCCCGCUGCCGUCUUCUCCCACACCCGCAACCGUGACGAGAAAGCUACCAUUGUUGACCAGAUGAUUCACGGCCGGAAUCCUGUUGUUGCUGAUGUCAUCCUCGGUGGUGGUGGAAAGUAUUUCCACGCCAAGAAUGGAGGCAAGUCUCUCAAUGGAACUGACUAUUACAGCGUCUAUGCUAAAGAGAAGGGUUACAAGGUUGUCAACGAUAAGGAUGCUCUUCUCAAGUAUAAGGGUGACGAUCCCUUGCUCGGAAUCUUCCACUCUGGCAACAUGGAUGUUUGGCUGGACCGCCAUGUCUACAAGGCUAACUUGAAGAAGCAGGGCACUGAUCCCACUGGUAAUGGUGGUUCCGCCCUUAACCAACCUGAUCUGGAUGAGAUGGUCAUCAAGGCUUUGGAAGUCUUGGACAAGCGUCACCGCAAGGAAGGAUGGUUCUUGAUGGCUGAGGCUGCCUCGGUUGAUAAAAUGAUGCACCCCCUUGACUACGACAGAGGUUUGGCAGAUGUCCUUGAGUUGGACAACACUGUUGGCAAGACCAAGGAAUGGCUCAAGCGCCACAAACUUGACAAGGAUACCUUGAUCCUCGUCACUGCUGAUCACGCUCACUCCUUCGAUGUCUACGGUUCCGUUGAUACUCAGUACUUCAACUCCUUCUCCAAGACCGAGGAAGAUGAAAAGAAGAACUCUAUUGGUACCUAUGAAAACUCUGGCUGGCCUUCAUAUGUUGAUGCUGAUGGCGAUGGUUUCCCUGACAACUGGGAGGUCCGAUACACUUUGGCUGCCGGUUCGGCUGGUUUCCCCACUCACCGUGAGGACUUCCAGGUCAAUGUCAACGGUACCCGUGUCCCCGCUGUCGUCAGAUCCAGCUCCCACCAUCACUUCUCAAUCUAUGAUGCUAACCCCGAAGAUUCCCUCAACGGUAUUCACAAGUCUGGCACUUUGCCUGCUAAUGAAGCUGUUGGUGUCCACUCUCUCCAGGAUGUCCCCAUCUUUGCCACUGGUCCUGGUGCUAAUCUUUUCUCUGGCGUCCAAGACAACACUGAGAUCUUCCACAAGAUCGCUCACCUUCUAGGUCUCGGCGAAGAGAACUAAAAAAAGAGUUUUGUAUUUUACAUAAUAUCAUUCGCCUUUCGCAUUCAUUUAUAUACCAUUUCUUUCCCUAAUUCAUAUUAACUUUGAAGAGAUGAAGAAGGAUACUAACAUUGCAUAGAGUACUGCCAACCUUCCCUUCUCCACAUUUUUAAUAAAUAUAAAUACUUGUACGUA